GGGCUGCUCCUCCUCCUCCUCCUCCUGGCGCACGGCGCGCAGGGCAGACUGGCUCUUUAAGAGGGAUAAAGACGACAGUUCCACACGAGCCGAGCGCAUCGUUGCCGCGCUUUACAUUUCAUCAGUAAUUUACACACAGCUGCUGCAGGGAUCGUUCAACACCGUCGUUAUUUCUACAUCUUCAUUCAUGUGAAGUCAAACGCUGUGUAUCUCUAGGAGGAGAAAUGCGACGCCGUGUCCAGCCGCGUUGCUCUCUGGUGCGUAAUUGAUUCGGACGUCCUGUACACCAGCGAGGCUGUGGCCCCCUCACCUUGAGUUGCCCAGAGAGCUUCUUUUUAGAGGAAGAAAAAUACAUAGAGCAAUGGAGGACAAACGCAAGAAGCGGAGCCCAAAGGUGUCUCUCCCCCAGCCCCCUCCUCCCCCCAUCAACCCCCGCAAGCUCUCCGUCCUGCCUGCCAGCAAAAGUGCCACCUUCUCCCUCGGCCUGCCGCAGCCUCCCUCCCCCAAGAACAGAGGCAAGUAUAAGAGAUCCAUCGGAGCGCCGGGACAGCCCAAAGAGGUGUUCACAGCCGUCGUACCUCCACCAAAGACCACCAGACCCCACAAGGAGAAGCCCAAGGCCCCCCAGCCAGCAGGGCCCAGUAAAGUAGUCCAGUCCUCCCCCCUGCAGCACUCCUUCCUUACAGAUGUCUCAGACGUGAGAGAGAUGGAGGGAGGCCUCCUCAACCUCCUCAAUGACUUCCACUCAGGCAAACUACAGGCUUUCGGUAAAGUGUGCUCCUUUGAGCAGCUGGAACAUGUGCGUGAGAUGCAGGAGAAGCUGGCGCGAUUGCACUUCAGCCUCGACAGCCAUGUGGAGGAGCUUUCUGAGGACCAGAGGAAGUGUGCCUCUGACCACAACCUGGAACACCUGCUCUGUAAUCUGGAGGAGCUCAGCACCUCAAUACAAAAGCUCCACUUGGCUGAGAACCAGGACCUGCCCAAGACAUCUGGUCCCUGACAGAGUGAGGCGUACGGGACGGCAACCGCACACACUCAUCUUCUCCCAACAUCUAACAAGUCCGGGUUGCCAUGGCAUUGAUCCAGCUGCCUUAGUAACAGAAUGGAAAGAUCCACGGGAGGAGGGGCUAUUUUUCCAUUUGGUCAGUGAAGCUGAGGGAACAAUACAGCGACUGGAAGCAGCAGAGCAUUAAAUGAGCACUCAACCAAAAUCAGAAAGCCCUCAUUCAUAGCACACACACA